UUCGCGUGACGGCGUCGAGCUAUUGACUCAUUGAGCAGAUAGUACUCAUGCGGCUAUACCUAUCUAUACUUCUCUUGAGGUAUAUAUGUGAGCCAUAUAUAACAACCCAAAUUACUGGGUAUAUGGUAUAAACUGAGCAUCCGCCCAGAGCCCCAGUGCGCUGUGAUACUCCCGUAUACUCACCUGAUUAACCUGUCAGCAGGCAUUGAAGAGCCUGGUAUAAUUACAUAGAUAACUUGGAGAGUAAAUCCCUAGAUGUCUAUACUUAAAUUCCCCGUGUUCCAUGAGGAGGUUGACAACGAGUGUCACGAGACUAUUGCUGGGGAAAGUCACCCUGUCACGAUGUGGUCCCUGGAAACACAUGAGCUACUGAUAAGUCUAGCAUGCCUAGACCCCUUCAGCCGAGGCGUCGAGCCGAGACAGUUGGCUCGCCUCGAGACAUGGUACUGUAGUUUGCUGUCUAGAAGAGUACAGGUCGCCGCCGGAGAGGACGGUGGGGGUAUACAAGAGGCAAUUGCCCUAAAGACGAGCAGAUCUGUUAUGGACCUUAUGGUCUAUACCGAAUAGACAAAAAGGACGACUGGGUAAGG